CCGUAAGCCCCGCGGGUCUACAGUCAGAGCCCAGAGAGUAAAGAGGGCGGGGCAAGUGGCGAUUUUCAUCGCACUUUCCGGUUGCAUUAAGAUUGCCUGGCCGCGUUUUGGAGAGAUUUGCAUUGGCCCAGAGUCCGCUGUGACGAGAAGCGGGCUGAGACUGAGAAGUGGAGGCGUGGCCAGCUGCAGGUCCCAGUUACCUGCUAAAAGGAGUUUGCGAAACAGGACUUGGAGGCGCGUGGUGUCGGCGUUCCUAGACUUUGGACUGGUGGGCGCCCGGUGCAAGGCACCUGCCACAUUCCCUGCAUCCUUCGGCAUCGCAACCCCUUAACCUCUACAAGACGCCCCUUGGAGGAAGAGGAGCCGGGGCAGCCCCGGGAGCGGGCUCACACUUCGGGAUAAGAGGCAGAGCCCGGGAGGAGCCUAAUGGGGGAGAAGCAGAUCCUGUGCGUGGGGCUAGUGGUGCUGGACAUCAUCAAUGUAGUGGACAAGUACCCGGAGGAGGACUCGGACAGCAGGUGCCUGUCCCAGCGAUGGCAGCGUGGAGGCAACGCGUCCAACUCCUGCACCGUUCUCUCUCUGCUGGGGGCCCCUUGCGCCUUCAUGGGCUCGCUAGCCCCUGGUCACGUUGCCAACUUUGUCCUCGAGGACCUCCGCCGCUAUUCCGUGGACCUGCGCUACACGGUCUCUCAGACCACAGGCUCCAUCCCCAUCUCCACGGUCAUCAUCAACGAGGCCAGUGGCAGCCGCACCAUCCUACAUGCCUACAGCUUCCUGGUGGCCGACUUCAGGCGGAGGGGCGUGGACGUGUCUCAGGUGGCCUGGCAGAGCAGUGGGGACACCCCCUGCUCUUGCUGCAUCGUCAACAGCUCCAAUGGCUCCCGUACCAUUGUGCUCUACGACACGAACCUGCCGGAUGUGUCUGCUGAGGACUUUGAAAAGGUGGAUCUGACGCUGUUCAAGUGGAUCCACAUUGAGGGCCGCAAUGCAUCUGAACAGGUGAAGAUGCUGCAGCGGAUAGACCACCACAAUGCCAGGCAGCCUCCCGAGCAGAAGGUCCGGGUAUCCGUGGAGGUGGAGAAGCCCCGAGAGGAGAUCUUCCAGCUAUUUGGCUAUGGAGACGUGGUGUUUGUCAGCAAAGAUGUGGCCAAGCACUUGGGGUUCCAGUCAGCAGCAGAUGCACUAAGGGGCCUGUACAGCCGUGCGAGGAAAGGAGGGGCUUGCAGGGCCACGCUCAUCUGUGCCUGGGCUGAGGAGGGUGCCGAUGCCCUGGGCCCCGAUGGACAGCUGGUUCACUCAGACGCCUUCCCCCCACCCCGGGUGGUGGACACGCUGGGGGCCGGAGAUACCUUCAAUGCCUCUGUUAUCUUCAGCCUCUCCCAGGGGAAGAGCAUACAGGAGGCGCUGAGGUUUGGCUGCCAGGUGGCUGGCAAGAAGUGUGGCCUGCAGGGCUUCGACGGCAUCGUGUGAGCACCCUGUGCCUGGCAGACUGGCCCACCCCCUGGAGGCUGGCGCCGGGGCUGCCCUGCCCCCCAUGGAGACUCAGGCUGGGGUGAGGUCGCCCUGAAGAGAGCCCCCGAGCAAAUAAAUCUCCUCCCCCAGAACCAG